AUGUUUACUAUGGAUGAUAGUCGAUCUAAGAUGACGAACAGUUAUGCUAACAUACCGCAUGAAACACGAACAGAAAGUACAGAUCCAUUAUCGAUCUUACUCGAAGCUCGAUUUGAACCGUGUCAAGUAUGCGGAGAACAAUCAUCUGGUCUUCACUGCGGUGCAAUUACGUGUGAAGCAUGCAAAAAAUUCUUCUUACGAUCGAUCAAUGGCGAAGAUCAGAAAUACAAAUGUGUCAAGAAUAAAGAUUGCAUGAUCACUAGAAAUACUCGUACGCAAUGCCAAUAUUGUCGAUUUCAGAAAUGUCUAAUGAUUGGUAUGACUGUAAAAGAAGGAGUCGAAAUACAACAGACACCUCGAGUGGCUGAUAUAUUUGCUCAAAUCUCAUGUUAUGUAUGCCAAGGACCAUCGAGUGGUAUUCAUUUUGGAGCGAUCACUUGUGAAGGAUGUAAGGGUUUCUUUCGGCGAAGUAUUAAAGAAAGAGCACCAAGUCGUUAUAAAUGUAUGGACAAUGGCACAUGUGAAAUGAGUGUCUCAACGAGAAAUGCAUGUCGUUAUUGUCGGUUUCAGCGGUGUAUCAAAGUGGGAAUGUCCGUGGAAGGAAGUCGAAUUGGACGACAGAGUAAUUUGUUUAAGCAUCACAUGCGUAUGAUGCUUCAAAGAAAUGGACAAGUACCGAACACAACAAUGCUUCAUCGAAUGGUUCAUUCCACAACAUCAACACGAAAUCGAACUGUGAAUAAACGAAGUUUUGUAGACGAAUCGACUAGUUCAGAAAGUGAAUUAACAAAUUCUCCCUCAAAUUUCGAAGAUCAACUGGAUCCACAAUGUCGACAGCUGAUCUUCAAUAUUCACAAAGCAUUCAAAGAAACAAUCGAUAAUCUCCCUGUUUGUCAAAGCUCGACCGACAUUUGGUCAUCGUGUAUCAAUCAGUUCAAAAACUAUGCCAAUCGUGCGGUGAAAUUCGCUACACGUAUCCCAAACUUUAUGAAUUUUCACACUGUCACCGACCAGAUUCAACUGAUUAAAUCAUCCAUUCAUAGUAUAGUUAUUCUAUGUUUACAACACACCUAUCCAUCAUCACUAUGGAAUUAUUUCAACACGAUUGAUGAAAAAUUUCACGACGAAUGUCAAAAAUUAUUUCCGUUCAUCGAGUACAUACGCACUGAUGUCGAAAAACUACAAACUUAUAUGUACGCACUGAGACUUGACGAGAAAGAAUUAUCGUUAUUCCUCUCUUUGUUGAUCAUCUCGACGAGUAACAUUCGCUUGAAUGAUUUCCUAUUGAUUGAUUCCACUCAAACAGAAUUAACAUGCGCGCUGUGUGAUUAUAUGGAUUGUAAACGUGGAAGUAAAAGUCGAGAUUUCUAUACAUUGAUGCUAUUAUUACCUUCAUUGAAGAAAUUAAAUGUUAACAUACAAGAUUAUAUUCGAAAUCAGAUGCCAAAAAAUGUGGAAUUGCCAGCAUUUUUCUUGAGAGUUUAUCUUAAUGAACAGGAUAAUAGUAAUCGGUCAACGGACUUUUAG